GAGAGAUGCGGUUUUAUGAUCUAGGACAAUAGUAUUUAAAUCGACGGUGAGCAGCAUGUUUUCGCUUUCUGAACCCUCCAGCUUGUAUGAAAAGAACGGAUAGGACAUUUUUAAAGAACUAGAAGGAUGGCUUUUAUCUCUGGACUCGUUGAACAGUUGGCUCAAAAAGAUGCAAAGGCAUGGGUCCUUGCAGGACUUAUCCUCAGUGGAUUGAUAUUUGCACUGUAUCAACAAGUUUCAAAGAAAAAGACACUCAAACCAUUACCUGCAAAGCUUGCCAACAAUAAGGAUCGUAAGCCUGGAACGUGGACUCCAGAAGACUUUGUCAUGCCACUUCCGGCACCCUAUCCAAAUUGGGACCUUUACAAGACCAAACCUCUACCUUACAGAGCCUUCAAGCAGAAAUAUAACGUCACCAUGGGCAUCCGUGCUAUGAAGUUCGACGAGUGGAUUGAAUUGGAUAACGAAUGGUUGAAGUAUCAUCAACUAAAACAGAAAAGAAUCAAAGAGCGUGGUACUGAAGUCUACGGAACGCUACCGGAGGCCAUGCCUGGCGCAAUGGAACUCUUGAGCGAGCUUCGUAGAUACUUACCUGCAAGAUAUCCAACGCUUUUUGAGAGAACACCAACUGGUAUCAAGAUCUUACCUACUGGUGAGGAGUUCAACACCGUUGAGCCUACAGAAGACCCAUCCAUGAUAGCUGCUCAGUUCUUGCAGGAUGACCUUGCCAUCAUGGUUGAACAACCUGAUAGCCAGUACUGGUUGAAAGGUGGUGCCAUCAUGCUUGCGGGAUUUUGGAGAUUGAGGGAUAAAGUUAACACCCCAUUGGCCUAUAUCCACCAAUCUGGUGAAGUGCCAAAGUACGAGACCCAUUUGAAAAAAGGCAUGGAUAAGUUCUUCAAGAGAUUGACACCGGAGAGUCCAGUUGUCAGAAACAACUAUUUCAUGCAGACAGACCCACAUUUGGACUGGUCCAUAUCUAUCGGGCCUGAGGAUUCCCCAAACGUUGGUUGGAACACUGCUCAACCUGCAACCGAUAUCAGUCAGAUCUACUACAGAUCUGAGAGACAGAGUUUGCGUCGUUUGCCGAUCAGUGGUGCCGUUGCCUUCACCAUCAGAACGUACUUCCAUCCACUGACAGAUAUCGCCGAGGAGCCUGGCAUUCCAGAAAGACUCUAUAAAGGUAUCGAGUCAUGGUCGGACGAUGUCAAGGAGUACAGAGGUUAUUCCAAGUUCUGUGAUGUUGUUAUGCCAUACUUGAAGCAGAAAUGGGACGAGCAAGCUGCAAAGGGGUGGUCAAUGGAUGAUGGACACUAUCCAUGGUGAGUUU